AUGAGACUUAUAUGUUUUCUGGUAUUAAUCAUAAAGAUAGGGAAUAAAUUUACAACCACUGAGAUGAAUCCUAAAAAUCAAUUUGAAAGAAAAAUUAUAUAAUUGGAAGAUGAUAGUUAUCAGACUAACAGUUGCUUGAGUUAUGGAGUAUGGUAAAAAUUCAAUCCACUAAGCGCAAUAUCUUAAGUGGGAUUAUUAGGAAUUUUUGAUAGUCAUUGCUUUCAUUUACAUAAUGCAAUAGAUUUUGAAUAACAGAAUUUAAAUAUACUAUAUUUUGAUUGUCUUAACUAUGAAUCAAAGAAGAUAAUAAAAACAGUUUAAUUUAUCAAUAAUUAGAACUAAUAUACAAGGUUUGAUUUGGUUAUUAAUUCAUUUGACUAUGAAAACACUUGGUAUUUCCUUCAAGUUGCCAUAUGGCCAAAAUUGGAUAGGGUUUAGUUGAUUGUGACAAAGAAAUAGGAGGUACUAUUACAAACCACAUAAGAAAUUAAAAAAAUAUUAAAGGAUGUAAAUUUAAUUUUAACAUUUGGAGGUAAUUUAUUGGUAAAUGAUUCUAAAAUAAAUGAAUUAUAAUACAAUCAGUAGUUUUCAUAUUUUCCAGGCCCAAUAUGGUUAUAAGAAGUUUCAAUUUAAAUCCUAAAUUUUGAUUUUAAUUUCGUUGAUGUAGUAAAAGAAACAUAUCAAGCAGUUUUUGAAACUUGUGUGUGUAAUCCUAAUGAAAUAUAUAAAAUGAAAGACUAGGACUUUGUAAAUUAAUAAUAACAGGAAUUUAUAUCAGAAAAUUCCAAUUGUGAUUCCUUCAUUUUAAGAGGAUGGGUUAGAAUAAAAGAAAAUAAGAAUCAAUAUGAAACAUUUAGUUAUUAGUUAAUAAAGGUUUCCGCAAUUUAAUCAAAUCCUAAAUUAUAGAAUUACAACUUAUAUCCUUUUUAGUUAUUUUAUCAUUUCUUUCAGCAAUCUAAUGAGAUGGAAAUAACAACAUAUAAUUAUACUUUUCCUGAUGUUUCACUUGAUUUUUCAGAUAACCCGUUUUUAUUGAAGAAAAAAUUUUUAAUCUUAGGUUAAGUAACUCUUUGGCAUUUUAUCAAAGUGGAAUUAUUAAAGUCAAAAUUAAUAGUUAAAAUAACAUUCUAUGGCGAAGAGGAAAUUAAUAAAUAUAAUCUUGAAUAUGAAGUUAAUUAAUUUCAUAAUUGUCAGUUUUAAGUAUAAUUUGGAGAUAGCCAAAUUGUAUCCUCUAAUGGUUUCAUUUUUUAAGUUAGAAAUUUCGAGUUUUUUAAUUGCUAUUAGGAACUAGCAUACUUAAGUUGUCAUUUUAGCUGCUAAGAUUGUAAUGGUCCAACAAAUCAGGAUUGUUUGUCAUGCUCAUAAGAAUCAAAGAGAAUAUAUCUUCCAGAAUAUAAGGUCUGUAUAUGUCCAUAUUUUACAAUCGAUAAUGAAAAUUAAUGCCAAGACUAUAAAGACUCUAAUCUCAAAUUGACAAAGGAUGAAACCAUAUUUUAAAGUAAAAAUUGUGAAUACGGAUAUUUUGAGUUUGAUGGAGUUUGUUUAUAAUGGUAAGUUAUCAUCAAAUAUUUAGUCCUUCAAUAAUAAAGGAAGGCUUGAUUACUUGUUAUGAAUGUUUAAUUAAUCCAUAGAACUGGUACCAAAAUCCUACUUGCGUUUCAUCACUAGUUUUAGAGAUGAAUACCAGUUUUAUGGAUGCUUUGAAACUUUCAGGGAAAUUUCAGUUUUAUUUUGAUGGCAAUUAACUAAAUGUUAUUCAUUAAACUCAGUUUUAAUAGUUUAUUCUAGAUCUUAAUCUAUCUGAUCCAGAAGGUAUCUUGAAAGAAUUUUCACUAGCAUAAAUGUAUUUUAAUCAUUUUUGUUAAAAAAGUAACAUUUAUCAAACAAAUGAAUUGUAUUGUUACUAAUGCCUUAGCUAAUACUGUUUAAUUUGUUAAAUUUUAGUCAACUCCAUAAAAUGUGUAAAGUGUGAUGAAACGUCUAAAUUAAUAGAUGGUAAUUGUAUCAGGGAAGAUAAAGAAGUAUUUUAAAACAAUGAGCUAAUCUGUUUACCACCAUUUUAUGCAUCAUUUGAGAAAAAAUGCAAAUUAUGUGAAAUAAAAAAUUGCCUCUAUUGUUUUGAGUACUCUGCUUAGGAUUAGAAUUUUUGUUCAUUAUUGAACUAUUCUCAAAAUCAAUUAUACUUCAUAUAAGAUGUCAAAAUUGGAUGUGCACUGUGUAAAUAAGACUAUAUAUUUGAUUUUUCCUUAGGUUUUUGUCUACUCUAAAAACCUUAAAUAGAAAAUUGUUUAAGUUCUUUUAUUAAUAUAAACAGUAAGGAGCUGUGCAUUCUUUCGAGAAAUGAUGACUUUUCGAUAGCACCUCAAAUUUCCAAUUGCUAGACUUAAUUUCGAAUUGUUAACAAUGUACUAUUAUGAUUAACAGAGAUAUAGAAAUUAGAUGUGUCACUUGCUAAAGCAAUUGCAUCUUGGAAAAUAAUAAUUGCUAUUAAAAUGAUGAAUUUGAUAUCAACACUUAAUUACUUCAAAAUUAGGUCAAUUAAAUUUAAAGCUUUAUACUUUAAUUUGUACCCUAACUUUAAUCAAGUGUUUACAAUGAAUUUUUGGAUCCAUAAACAAUAUUGUAGGAUUCAUGUGAUCCUGAAUGUGGACAGUGUGUUACUCAAAGCUACUUUUCAAAUUGCCUUGAAUGCCCCUUAGACUAUUUUAAAAAACCAGUUAUCAGAGAAUUAAGUGCAAAGUGUUCAUUCUGUCCUCCUUUAUGUUAAGCAUGCAUUGAUCGUUCAGAUUUGGAAAUUCAAGUAUGAAAUAACAAUAAUAAAUAGAAUAUAUCCCCAAAUUUCAAAGUCAAUAAUUAAAACUAACUCUAUUCUAAAAAAUGCAUCUAUCCUCAUAAAGACUCUGCCAUUAUGUAUAAUCCGUAUUCACAUUUGAUUAAGUACUGUUUUAAUAAUAUUUGCCAAAAUAAAUUUGUGUUUGAACUUAAUUAUUACUCUUGCGAUUUUUCAAGAUUUAAUCGAAAUUAUGAGAAUAAGAUUAAUACUUAAUAUAUUAACCAAAUUGGAAUUGAAGAAUUAACUUUUGAAUUUCUCCUUGAUGUUUCUGAAUAGUUUUGUUAUUUAAUUUUUCCACUUAGCUUUAAAACUGAAUUAAAACAAAAAAUAUUUACAUUGUAAAAGGUUAAUUUUAAUUUAUCAUCUAUACAAUAUUUAGAAAUAAUAAAUUAUUUUAUUAUCGAAUUUAAUGAUUUUGAUUAAAUUGAGAUCAAUAAUUUAGGAUUUGUGAUAGGAAAUGAUUGUUAUUUUCUUUUUAAUAAAUAGUAAGAGUUAAAUUCAUUUAAACCUAAUCAAUUUUACAAUUCUAAAUAGUACAAUAAACAACAUUUAUUCAUUAUUUGCAACUGAACGUUUUGGCGAUAUAACUUUAAGAAAUUUUACCAUUUAGAACACAAUUUUUCUUAAUUCAUCCAUUUUUAAUUUUCAAUAAUAAUUUCCAUUGGGAUCAAUUAAAAUUGUAUCAUUAUUAAUUAAAAAUUGCACUUUUAUAUAAUCUACAUUAUUUAAUUUCUCCUAAAUACAUUCCUUUCUAUCAAUUAAUUAAUUGAUGAUCUUUUAAUCCUAUUUCAGAAACUCAUCAAUAAUUAGCAUUUUAAACAAUUAACCUUAAUAAGGUAUUCUAAUUGGAGAUGACCUUAAAAUAAGAAACACCAGUUUGGUUAACUCCAAUCUUAUAAACAGUACUGGCUAGAUAAGGACAAGUCUUAAUAAUCUUGAUAUAUGUAACAAUCUUUUAGAAAGUUCAACGAUUAUUUCCAUUAGUUCUGAAAUUUCACUUAGCUUAAUAAUAAUUUCAGAAACCUUAUUUGUUUUUUCUUAAUUCCUAUCCAUUAAAUAAAUCCUUUACUCUAACAAUUUUAGAUGCAACAUAACAAAUUUGGAUGCCAUAAAGAAUGAUUUUACCAGCUCGAAUAUCAUUUUCAUAUUUUCGUCACUCUAAACAAAUUCCAUAUAAAUUUAGUUAAUAAAUUUUAACAUCAAAUAAAAUACCAAAUAUUCUAGUAAAGUUGAAAUAAUUCAGUUAUUUUAUAUAAAUAGUUUUGAAAUAUUGAUAGAAAAUUUUGAAAUUGUUGAUAAUCAUAACUUCACAAUAUUCUACUUAUCCGAAAAUAAGAAAAUACUGUUUUCUAAUAUUCUAUUUUAGAAUUCAUUUUAAAAUUAAAAGAUUGGGCUAUCCUAAGACUGUUUGAAAUAAAAAUAAAAGACUAAACUACUUGAUAUUAUGGGGUUUAAUCAUGUUUAUUUAAUAAAUGUCUCGAUCUCAAGAAUUCUCAAUGUUGAUGAAUCAAUAAUAUAGAUUAACCCUAGUCAACAAAGUUUAUCAUUUUUCAAUUCAAUUAUUGAGAUUACAAAUCUGUAAUUUACAGAAAAUACCCUCAUUCAAUCAACUUUUGUUGACCUAAUUUCAUGUUUAAUUAUAGAAACUGAUAACAAGGUUAUCAUAAAUCUACAUAAUAUUUCGUAUGUUGAAAACUUUAUACAUUCUUAUUCAAGUGGUGCAGUAAGCACUAUAGUGUGCUUAAUAUAUAUAUUGUCUUCAUCAAGUGUGGUAGAGAUAAAAAACUUACUUUAUGAAAAUAACGCUUUGACUAACACCUCUAAUUCAUUCAUGAUUAUACGAUCAGAUACUCUAAUGAUGAGCAAUUUCUCAUUAAAUAACCUAAAUUUUUUAUAAUAAGAAUUGUGGAUAAAUUAUUAUGACCUUCAAUUUGAUGGAUAAUUAAAUUAAGAUAGUUUAAAUGACUUUGUUUUUUAAGCAUUACAAAUAAAAAAUAAUGGAGGAGGGGCUGGUCAAUUCUUAGGUUCUAAUAUAACAUGUAUAAAUUGUACAUUUUCAAAUAUCUUGGCGAUGGACAGCUUUAUACUAGACAUCACAACAAAAUCAGAUGGCAACAUAAAUUUUAUGAAUAUAUCAGUAAAUUAAGUAAAUAACAACUUAAAAUAAAUUGAAAAAAGUAUAGGAUGCUUUAAUAUAUAAGCUUAGAAUAGUAAGCUUCAUUUAAGGAUGAUAAAUAUCUCAUUUACAAAUAUAUUUAAUAGGAUGGGAUCAGCAAUUUUUACAAUUUAACCUUCUAAAACUUCGAACUCUAUCUAUUUACUGGAUGUCAGCUUGUUAAAUUGUCUUUCAUUAUUAGAUUAGAUAUUCAAUAUUAAAUUUUCUUCUUCUAUUGCUUUUAAAAAUAAAAUUACAAUUAAAAACUUGAGAAUCAUUUAAAAUCAUGAUGCAUGGAUCCUUUAUUUCUCAAGGAUUGGGAAUUUAACCAUCUAAGAAGUAACAGAUAUUAGUAAUAGCAAAAAUUCUCUUAUGUUUUUGUAAAGUUGUAUCGUAAAUGUAGAAGGAUUCACAAUAGAAGGAAUAGUUAUUAAUUCUAUAUUUUAAUUUGAGAAUAUACCUAAAUUAUAACUAAAUAAUGUGAAGAUAGAAAAUGUGUAAUUAUUCUAUUACUGUAAUUUAGUUUAAAUCACAUUAUAAUUGUAAAUUUAAUCAAUAAUCAAAAUAGGAUAACUCAGCAUCACAAAUAUUUCUAUCUACAAUAACGAUAUAAAUUAUGCAAAAACUUAAUUUUCAAGUAGUUACUAUAUUAGAGGAUGUACAACUUAUUGCUAAGUUUUUGAAUCCUUACAAAAGGAUUAUUUAUUUUUAGGUAUUACUUCCCUCUAAUAAAUCAAUAAUAAAGAGAAUUCUCUGAUUUAUCUUUAGAGCAUUUCAAAUUAGAAUAUCAUAUUUUUUAAAGAUGUAACCUUAAAUUAUAAUAAUUGUCAAUAAUGUUCUAAUGGUAUGGUUUUUAUUGAAACUUAAGAUUUCUAAUCUUUUAAGAUUUAAAAUCUAAAUUGUAAUUAUAACUUAAUCCAAAGAAAUGGAUGCUUAUAUAUCUUAUCAUUAACUUAAACUGUAUCUAAAAUAGAAAUUGAGUCUUCUAAUUUCUUAUUCAAUAAUGGCAGUUAGGGAGUUGCUAUUUAAGCAUUAUAUGUAAGGAUAUCAGUAAAAUUGUGUAAAAUCAUAAAAAAUUAUGCAGAAGAUUUGGGGGGAGGUAUAUAUAUUCAAGCAAAUUAUAUGAGCUUUAUUAUUAAUCGAUCACUUAUUAUAGGUAAUAGUGCUCGUAUUGGAGGUGGUAUUUAUUUAAAAGGUGAUUUAAAUUUAAAUAAGGAUAAUUUUGUAUCAUCAUUCUUAUUAUUUAAUAUUGCUUCAGAAUAUGGUGACAAUAUUGUAGAGACUCCUACUCAUUUGGCUGUUUAUCUGAAUUACUUGCAGAAUCCUUCAAUAACUUGCAUUAUUAAUAAUACCAUUGCAAAUAUAUUGACACUUAGAAAGUAUCGGAUGAUUGAAUAAGGUAACCACAUCUAUACAAAUGAUUUAAUAAUACCUAGUAAUUAGGUGAUUAAAUCUUUAUAAAUUUUUGAUUUUCGCAACUCAAAUUAUCAUACCUUUGUUUAAGAUAUUAGAUUGUUCUAUAAAAACAGUAGAAAUGAGAUUCUAUUUGAUCAAUUGAAUUCUACCUGUAAAGUUACAAAUAAAAUUAUCACUAGAUCCUUUUAAGAAUUAUAUAGAUCAGGAGAUGUUUAAAAAUUAUUUUAUGAAAAGGAUAAGAAUUCUUUUGAUUUUGGAUCGUUAUCCUUUAGUCUAGAUCCUUAUGAAUAAACGUAUGACCAUUUAUAGAUUGAAAUUAACUGUUAAAUAGAAGAAUCCAGAACUGAUUUACUAUAUAUAAUAAAAGCAAAAAGCCUUAAAUGCUAACUGGGGGAAUAUUAUAUCAAUGGUGGAUGUUAAAUAUGUGACUCUAAAUUGGGAUAUUAUUCAGUGAAAUACAAUGCUACAAAAUGUUCGAUUUUUGAUAAAGAAAAAUAUUCAGAUAUCACCUCAAACAUGAUAAAAAUGCAACCAGGAUUUUGGAGACCCAAUAAUUUAUCAGAUUACGUGGAGCCUUGUUUUAAGAAUCCACAAUUUUGCAAUGGAGGUUGGUAGGUUGGUGAUUAUACAUGUAGAGAAGGGCAUAUUGGGGCAUUGUGUGAAGAAUGCGAUAUUUAUAAUAUUCGGGGAUUUGGCAAGUAUUUUAAAAAUUAAUGGAACUUAAGAUGUCUAAAAUGUUAAUUUGAGAUUGGCUCCAUAAUCUCAAUUAUUAUUGUUGGAAUUUGGUAUUGAAUUUUCUUUAUGCUAGGUCUUUUGCAUCUAUAUUUUUGUCUUUAAAAAGUAUACAUUCCUCUAAUUUAUUAUAUGCAUAAUUAAUGAUAGGUCAAAGGUAUAACAAGUUAUUGUUUAAAUUAAACUAAAGUAAAAAUUGUGUAAUUAAUUAUUAGAUCAUGAAAGUAUUAUGAUAAAAAUGCUGUUAAAUUAUUUAUGGAUAUUUUCUGUGAUAUUUACAUUUAACUUAGACUUUUCUUUCUCUUUUCUUUUUAUUGAACAAACCAGUAAUAGUUCAUAUUUCAUAUCUAAGGAUUUAGAUUGCUAAAUAUCAUCUAUUUAAUGGAUACCAAAUGUAUAUUUGAAAAUAUUGACAAUGAUAAUAUUGAUGGUGAUGCAAUUUAAUAUUACAUUUAUCGGAUCGUACUUUUAUUUAAUAUAUCUUAAACAAAAAUACGAUCUAAGCAUUUUAUCAAACACAGUUUUAUAUUUGUAUGUUUUCAACUUUGCAGGAUUAUUUAAAAUGUAUUAAGAUUAAAAUAAUUAGGUUUUCAACCGUUGUUUCUAGAAGAGAAGUCUCAAAUAUUUUCUAUAUUCAUGGCGAUGUUUCCAGGAUAUAUGGCACUCAAGAUCAUUAAUUAUGGAUGGUAUAUUUUAUAAUUCCAGGGCUGAUUAUUAUUGGUUUUGUAAUCCCAUUAUUGAUUUUUCUACUAUUGGCGAUAAAUAAAAAUAGAUUAGAAAAAAUUAAAAUUAGAAGACAUAUAUCAUAUUUGUUGAAUGAAUACAGGAUAGAAAAAUUUUACUGGGAAUAAAUUAAAUUAUUUAAGAAAGCAAUCUUAAUAUUUAUUCUGACUAACUUUGAAACUGAGGUAGUUUUAAAGGCAUCCCUCUUAGGAUUAAGCCUAUUGAUGUAUUAAAAAUUAGCAACUUUUCAUUAGCCAUUUAUUAAUCAAAAAUUUAAUAAUUUAGACAUAUAAAGUAGUCAAAUUUGUUCAAUUUCAAUAUUAUUAGCAUUGACGAAAUAUAUUUGUGAAUAAAAAGAUAAUUUUGGUCCUUCUAUUAUGAUUUAAUUUUUUAUAAUCGCAUGUUUCAUUAAAAUGUGUUGCCCUUUUAUUUUUGACAUAGCAAGAAAUUAUAUCAAGUUUUAUAAAUUUCUAAUUUUAAAUAAAUUACAUUAACUACUGAAUUCGAAAGUACCAAAUUUUAUUUUUACAAUUACGUUAAGAAAUAUUUUAGAAGAAGAAAAAUAGAAAGAAAAAAGAAUCAAAUAUUUGUUUAUGAAAUUGAAGGAUCAUCUGAUUUCAUUUUCAAGAUUAUAAAUAAAAAACUCAAAGCGAUAUAGAUAAUUUAUAUCUUUCUAAAGUUCAAGAAUUCAUAGUGCAAAAUCAAGCACCUCAAGAAAUGAAUUAGUGUUUUUUCAGGGUAUAGCCCACGAAGACUCUAAUAAAAGGUAAAUUACAAGAUUUGAAAGAAGUGAUUAUGAUAAUUGA